CAAAACUGAAUACUGCAAAAAGCUGUAGGGGUGGGGGCAAGAAACAAAAAAAAAAAAAAAAAAAAAAAUGAUGUGAAGAAAGAAAGGCGAGUGCAAUGUGGAAAAUAUUUGAAAAAGGACGGAAGGAAGAGUGAAAGAGGGAGCAAUGUGAGAAAAUAAUCACUGGUGGAAAACGCAGCGAGUCCCAGUAUGGCGCUGCUCCCGUUCUGCAAGUCUCCCACAGGAAUGCUCCGAGUGACCAGAAUACAGCUGCUCCUGUACUGCAUUAUCCUGUUUCUUAUCAUGUAUUUCCUCCAUGGCCGUAAACCCACUGUCACUGUGCAGUCUCCUCAUCCCAUCUUUCAGUCCCUGGGUAUGGCGAGUGGACGGGAAAUGACAGACAUGGUGGUCGGCCGGGCAGCACCACCUCAGACCUCUGUAGAGACUCCGUGGGGUGCCCCUUUAGUGUGGGGUGACACACGAAACUCAGUUUGGCGUAGGGCUAAAUUUGCACAGCGGGAUAUCCACACAGGCCUGUUGGCCCUGGUGGUGGGAAGGUACGCACAGUUUGUCCGACGAUUCCUCUCCUCAGCUGAAACCUACUUCCUCCCUGGUCGCACCGUGACCUACUACAUUCUCACAGACAAUCCCCGUACUUUAGAACCACCUAUUGAGUUAGGACCUGAACGACAGCUGAAGGUGGUUCCCAUCGCAGAGUUCCCUGGCUGGGAAAGGUUGUACUAUCGUCGCAUGGCCCUUCUAGCUGACGCCAUCAGGGACCCCAUUGGCAGUGAGGUUGAAUACAUCUUCUGUGCUGACAUAGACCAGGAGUUUGUUGCUCCAGUGGGAGAGGAAAUCCUGGGAGACCUGGUGGCUACCUUACACCCUGAGCUCUAUGGGAUGCCACGAAAUGCAUUUCCCUAUGAAGUUGAGGAGACCUCAUCGGCAUAUGUGGAGGAUGAUGAAGGAGACUACUACUACACCUCUGAACUGUAUGGAGGACUAGUUUCUGAAAUGUACAGGCUGGCUCGGGCCUGUUCUUUGCUUAUUCUGCAGGACCAGGCAAAUGGGGUAACAGCCAGGGGCUUCGAGGAGAGCUACCUGAACCGCUAUCUGAUCAACCACAGGCCGACCUGUGUGCUUUCACCAGAGUAUAGCUGGUGGGACUCUGCUCUGGCUACUAAUGUGCCGGUACAGAGGCUACUGUCCUUAGGGAGGCAAUGUGAGGCCUUUGAUAUGCAAAAGAGGGAGGAACACAAAUGCUGAAUUGAUGUAAAAGCAAAAACAGUAGGAUUGUCAUGACUUAACCAACUGAUACAUGUAGAUCCUAUCAAAAAAAGAACAAAUCUAUUUUGUCUUCAAGGUCCUUCAGGGAAAGUUAACCUAAUCCCCUGCAGUUCCUCCAGACCUUCCCUUAUGGGAAACUAAUGAAGGCAGGAAAUAUAUGAAAAAUGGAAGCAUUUCCUAAAACAAAAUGACAAAAACACAAACAAGAUGAGAAUGGACUGAUCUGUAGUAUCCUGUUUUACCACAGCUCAAAAAACGUUUUCUUAGUGUUGCAUAAAUGAACAGUUUUCCAUCCAUUUCAUAUGCUGUUUUAUUAGCCAAUAAUUACUCCUUGCAGUCACGCAGGAGCAGACUGCACAAUCUGCUGUCAAUUAAAGGCCCAUUUGUGUGAACAGCGCCUCUGCAUGCUUACUAUCUCUUCCACAACAGACAAAAAAGAAAUUGACCUGUCUCUUUAAACGGAGCCCUGCGCUCUCCAUUAAUGUCAGCUUCGGAGAUACCGCUCCAGUGGCUUUGUGGUCAGCAGUGAUAAGAGUCAACAAUGUAAGUGCACACUCUCCCCACAGUGGCCAAUCAUUAACUGGAAGAGCUGCUGUUUCAAGGACUUUAAAUACCAGGUGGGUGAAAUGGAUAUAGCAGGAUGCUGUUUCUCCUGGUUUUCAUGUGUAUAUUGUAGAAGUUUUCUUGAGCUCCAGAAAAAAUAAAAAUAAAUUGGAAAAGUGUGAAAUACUGAUUCUGCAUGCAAUAAAGUACAUUUUUCAUGAACUGCUA